AUGGCCAAACCAACAGCCACAGCGCGCCUUCGGCGGACAUUUCAUUACCCCUCCGACGACGACGCUGGCUCCGCAUCCUCUGGCCCCGAAGUCCUCGACGAGCAAGAACAAGAAACGCUAAUCCAAACCUUGACCACCCAAAACGAAACCCGGAACAGAACCUUCCACCGCCUCCUCUCGGCCCUCCCCGCCCUGUCCACCAUCCCCUUCCUACUCGGCCUCUUCCUCUCCCACUCGGCCGGUCCGUCCCGAUUGCUUUCCCUCCUGGGCCUGUCCUCCCUGUGCGCGACGGGGUGGAUGCUGUACACCUUCGAGGUCUGCGAGACCGGUUUCCCACGGCUCGACCGCCACACCAGCAGUCUCGCGGACAAGAAGAAGAAGAAGGAGAAGGGGUUAUUAUCAUUAUCAUCGAAUGAUAGCAGGGAGAGGCGGCGGACAGCGGGGGCCGGACUAGGAGCAGGAGCACGGACGGUGGGCCACUAUGACUUGUUGCGAUGGAAUAGCAGGCCUAGGAGACGGGAUGGUCUCUUGACUGGGCCUCUCCCCGGAGAGGGCAGCAGAACACCACUACAACAGCAUCUCCCCUGGCUGAACGUGGGGUUGGCGGCGCUGGUUCUGCUGACGGGGUUGUUGGAGCGGGUGAGACUCGGAGGAGAAGCGGCCAACGCUGGUGUCAGCCCGUUGUUGCUUGGCGCUCUGCCCGGGGUGGUGUACGCUGUUGUUGUCGGGGCGAAGGUAAUGAUGGCCGAGGUGGAUCCGGAAAGGGAAUUGGGCAAGUUGAAGUAUGGGUAUAAAGGUGCAUAG